AUGAAGUCAACAGUUAUUUUUUUCACCUUAUGUUUCCUUUUCUCAGUUUUCGCCACAAUUUCUGCUUACCCGCAAAAAAGAGGAGCAGUUGGCGAGUGGAGGGUUGCUAGGGCAACAUUAAUGAGAAGUAUGCUCUACAAGCGUGAUGGCGACACAAAUAGUACUGAUGAUAGUAGUGCUGGUGGUCUUGAAUACGAUGGCCCAUCAGUAGAAGCAACCUACAAUCCAGGAAAUUCAGACAAUUCGGACAACCAAGGAAAUGCAGACGGUGGAAACUCAGACAAUUUAAGCUUGGCUAAUAAUACGAAUACUCCGGAUUUUUCGGAUAGGAAAAAAACUGGUUCCUCCUCAUCAGGUGGCUCCCACUCAUCAGGUGGCUCCUCCUCAUCAGGUGGCCAAACUACAGGCAGUUCUGUAGGUGCCAAAAUAACUUUUUAUGAAGGCUCAACGCUUGAAAACGCCUUUUGUUAUGGAAAUGGAAAACUACCAUCAUAUAAUGCAAAAUCAACAGAUAUGAUCGGUGCUAUGAAAAUGAGUGGAACCUCCAUGUGUUAUAAAUGUGUACAAAUUCUAUGUGGUUCAAAUUCUGUCGUGGUAAAAAUUAUUGACAGAUGCGCCACAUGCGGAAGUAGUCAAGAUAUUGAUUUAACCAAAGCAGCCUUUACUAAACUUGCACCAGCUGUAAAGGGAAUUGUUUCAAUAACUUGGCGCCUUCUUAAAACUUGCCCAGGUGAUGGUGACUGGCCAACUUUAGAAGACGAUAAAUAA